AUAAAUUGUACUAUUCUUUCUCCUUCUUUAUUAGUAGUUCACAGAAAGCAUAUGAAAUCGAGUUCCUCUUCUCUCUCUUUCUCUCAGCCUGUCUCUCUUGCAUUUGUCUUACCCUUUGAUUUUAAAUCUCAUGCGUCAAACUGAAAUCCUGGAUUCUGUAUCCAAUCUGCUUCCAAAGAUGUAGAGUGAAGUGGAAACUAUAUAAAACAGAUCAUUUCUUGGUUUAUUUUAUCAUUUCUUUUUCUUUCUCGUCUACAAUGAUGUAUGUAUCUCAGAACUGAAUUCCCAAUUCAAAGUAUUGGUUCUGCUCCUGAUCUUGGUCAGUGUCGCUCUGUUUUCUCUGAUCUUCUGUGGAAUUUGAGCUCCAGCUAAAAGAAAAUGGCUCCAAACUCAGUUGUUGUCACCAUGGAGAAGCCUAACCACUUCUCUAUAGUAGAAAUCAAUGCCUCAGAUCCAUCUUUGUUUCCUGAGAAACGAAAGGCUGUGAGCCCCAAGCAAUUCUCAUGGGUUCUUCUCCUCAAAGCUUAUAAAGCUCUCACUUGCGUUUCGUGGUUGGCAUUGGCUUUUAAAGCCACAUUUAUUUCAAUCAAGAAACGCUUUGCUUUAUCUAAAAUGAGUAAAGAGGAGCCUAGAAGUAGAGGAAAGUUGUAUAGAUUUAUCAAAGCAUUUCUUGUUAUAUCUAUAGUAGCUUUGAUCAUAGAAGUUAUUGCACAUUUCAAGAUUUGGAGCUCAAAUCUGAAAAAUCCAUGGGAGAUUCAGGGUCUAGUGCAAUGGUGUUAUAUGGCCUGGUUAUCAUUUAGAGCUCAUUAUAUUGCUCCUUUGGUGAUAACGGUUUCCAAAUUCUGUACUGUGCUAUUCCUGAUCCAAUCUCUCGACAGGCUAGUUCUUUGUCUGGGAUGUUUCUGGAUUAAGUACAAGAAGUUGAAGCCUGAGAUAAAUGGUGAGGCUUAUGACAUUGAGGAUCCUUCAAGUUUUCCAAUGGUUCUUGUUCAGAUUCCAAUGUGCAAUGAGAAAGAGGUCUAUUCACAAUCCAUUUCUGCAGCCUGUCAGCUUGAUUGGCCAAGGGACAGGUUGUUAAUUCAAGUUCUAGAUGAUUCUGAUGAUGGAAAUGUGCAGCUCUUAAUCAAAGAUGAAGUUUCUUCAUGGCGUCAGAAAGGGAUCAAUAUAUUCUACAGACAUAGAUUGAUCAGAACAGGAUACAAAGCUGGCAAUCUUAAAUCAGCCAUGGGCUGUGACUAUGUCCGGGAAUAUGAAUUCGUCGCGAUAUUCGAUGCAGACUUUCAGCCCAAUCCAGACUUCCUCAAGCAAACAAUUCCUCACUUCAAGGGGAAUCCUGAAUUGGGUCUACUUCAGGCUCGCUGGUCUUUUGUGAACAAGGAUGAGAACUUGCUCACAAGGCUCCAAAACAUCAAUCUGUGCUUCCAUUUUGAAGUGGAACAACAGGUAAAUGGUGUUUUUCUCAAUUUCUUCGGGUUCAAUGGAACAGCAGGUGUAUGGAGAAUUAAGGCUUUAGAGGAUUCAGGAGGGUGGCUUGAGAGGACAACAGUUGAGGAUAUGGACAUUGCUGUUCGAGCACACUUAAAUGGUUGGAAAUUCAUCUUCCUCAAUGAUGUAAAAGUCCUCUGCGAGUUGCCAGAAUCUUAUGAAGCUUAUAAGAAACAGCAGCAUCGCUGGCAUUCUGGUCCUAUGCAACUGUUCCGCUUGUGCCUUCCUGCUAUAAUCACUUCCAAGAUACCAAUGUGGAAGAAGUCCAACCUCAUAUUUCUUUUCUUUCUUUUGAGGAAACUUAUACUUCCCUUCUACUCAUUUACACUGUUCUGUAUCAUUCUUCCAUUGACAAUGUUCAUACCAGAGGCAGAACUACCUCUUUGGGUAAUUUGUUACAUACCCAUUUUCAUGUCCUUCUUGAACAUUCUUCCUGCCCCCAAAUCCUUCCCUUUCUUGGUCCCAUACCUGCUCUUUGAGAACACCAUGUCUGUAACAAAGUUCAAUGCCAUGGUAUCAGGGCUAUUUCAGCUUGGAAGCGCUUAUGAAUGGGUUGUCACAAAGAAGACAGGAAGAUCAUCAGAGUCUGAUUUAUUAGCUUUUUCUGAAAGGGAAUCGAAAUCUUCAAAUGAAGAGAAAAUCCUUAGGAGACACUCAGAGUCUGGUUUGAAUUUGAUAAGUAAACUCCAGGAACAAGAAGCACCUAGAGUAAAAAAGAGAAAUAGACUCUACAGGAAGGAGCUUGCACUUGCUUUUCUUCUGCUAAUUGCAGCAGCAAGAAGCCUGUUAUCUGCACAUGGAGUUCAUUUCUACUACUUGCUGUUCCAAGGUUUAUCUUUUCUAGUUGUUGGCUUGGACUUGAUUGGUGAGCAGGUAAGCUGAGAAGCAGCUAGCAUAUUUGAUUUUCCUGAUUAAGCUUAAGGCUAAAGCAUUUUGAUGUUUAUAAAGAAUCAGAAAAAAAAAAAAGAAAAAAAGAAAAAAGAGGUCCAGUUCCCUGGCAACCAACUUUCAAUGGAACUGGUUUACUCCACAGACAGAAGUUGAUAUAACGCUACUGGAAUUUACUAGGCAAAAGGUAAGGGUGAGAAGAGUUGAGUUUGUACAAUACCGUGCAUGUUAUCCAAGUCUGAAUAAUUAAUGAUGAGCCAAUAUAAAAAUUAUAUUUUUGAAA